AUGCCAGGCGAAUACGCAACCUCCUGGCUCGACUGGGAAGCCCAAUCCGGCGGCCGCGCCAUUAUGCACGGCACCCCCGACGAAAUCAAAGGCAUGUACGAAGGCCUCGUGCAAGCCCUCAUGCCCAUGGCGCCUCCCUUCAGCGAGAACGUUGACGUAACCGAGGGUGACGUUGAAGGCAUCAAAUACCGCAUCUACAAGCCCAAAGGUGUCGAGGGUCCACUCCCCAUUGGCUUCGACACCCACGGCGGCGGCUGGAUGACGGGCGAUCUCAACUCGGACCAUAUCCUCUGCGGUGUUAUUGCGGAGCAUACCAAGUCUGUGGUCGUGAAUGUGGAUUAUCGCCUCACGCCGGAGGUGGCGUAUCCGGUGCCGUUGGAGGAUUGUUUGAAGGGGUAUAAGUGGGCCGCAGCCAACGCCUCCUCCUUCGGCGGCGACCCGAACAAAUUCUACACAAUCGGCGGCUCAGCCGGCGGCGCCAUAGCCCUACAAAUCGCCAACAAAAUCAAGAAAGACCCAGCCCUCGGCCCCGGCCUCAAGGGCGUCGUCGCUAUUGUCCCUGCCACGACGCAUUGGGAUAACGUGCCAGAGAAAUACAAGUCCAAGUACAACUCGUACACCGAGAAUAAGGCGGGGACUCCAAUCAUUGACAAGGAGAGUAUGGAGAUCUUUUACAAGUAUGCGAAGGUUGAUCCCAAGGAUCCGGAGACGUUCACGAUUCUGGCAGAGGAGAAUCAUAAGAAUUUCCCGCCGACGUAUUUUGCGAGUUGUGAGUUUGAUCCGUUGAGGGAUGAUGCGUAUGUUAUGGAGGCGGCGUUGAAGGAGGCUGGUGUCCCGACAAAGCACGAUCAUUACCCUGGACUGCCGCAUUACUUCUGGAUCAUACCAGCUGUGCCGGAGGGACAGGUUUUUAUUGGGAAUUUGUUGCAGGGGAUUGGGUGGAUUCAGGGUCAGAUGUAG